AUGACCAUAACUUAUUCUCGUUUCAUCCAGCCUGCCGACGGCCCUGAUACAGCUGAAGGCAAACGAACUCCUAAGCCCCCACCACGAAUAUGGCACGCCAUAGAGCCUCCGUUCAAAGGAGAGCAGCCCCUCCCUACUAACGCCUACUCACAGAGCUCUCGAAGCGAUGCUAUAAUCAUAGACAAUGGCUCGUCUGAAGUCCGCGCCGGCUUCUCAAAUUCUCCGCGUCCACUCCUUGCCUUCCCCGCCGACGCUGCGCGCUAUCGUGACCGCAAGAUCAACCGUACUGUCACAUACGUUGGUUACAAUGCGUACGCAGACGCCACGACUCGAGGGCAGAUUAAGAAAGCCUUCGAGCCGGGCACGAGCGUGGUUGGGAACUGGGAUGUAAUGGAAAGCGUCCUUGAUCAGAUCUUUGUGGGACUAGGAGUAGACAAUGGGGACGCUGCCGGUGUUGGCAGGAGCAUUGUGAUGACAGAGCCAAUCGCGGCAUUGGGCUACACGAGGAAGACCAUGAAUGAGCUUUUAUUUGAGUGUUACGGUGCUCCAAGUGUGGCGUAUGGGAUUGAUUCGUUAUUUUCUUAUAGACAAAACAAGGGAUCGAGUGGGCUUCUGAUAUCGUCUGCUCAUUCAGCUACACAUGUGGUUCCGGUGGUUGGUGGGAAGCCAAUCAUGUCGAGCGUCUCCCGGCUCAAUUGGGGAGGAUAUCAAAAUGCGGAUUAUCUAAUGAAGUUGCUGAGAUUGAAAUACCCUCUUUUCCCAGCGCAGAUCAAGGAUUACCAGGUCGAGCAAAUGGCGAGGGACCAUUGCUACGUCUCUCAAGAUUACCAAAACGAAAUGAAUAAGUUCCUAGAUUGGACAGGCUUAGAGGAGCGCGACCAUAUCAUCCAAUACCCAUUCACCGAACACAUCGUCGUUGAAAAAUCUCAGGAAGAACUCGACCGUGUCGCCGAAAAGAAGCGCCUGGGCGGCAUACGCCUUCAAGAACAAGCAGCCAAAAUGCGCUUCGAGAAGCUCGUCCAGAAAGAGCAAGAACUCGAAUAUUACAAAGACCUGCAAGUCCGCCUGCAGGGCCAGACCAAGAAGGAAAUAAAACGUCUUCUCGAUGACGACGAACUAAAGGAUGAGUCUCAACUCGACAAGCUAAUCAAAGACCUCGAAAAGCGCGUCCGCAAAGCCCGCAACAAGGACCUCGGCGUCAAGGAGCCCGAGGAGGAAGAAACAGCGCAAUCCUUCCCACUUCUCGACACUCCCGACGACCAGCUCGACGAAGCAGGCCUGAAACAGAAACGCCACCAGCGCCUCAUGAAAUCCGGCCUCGAAGCCCGCCAGCGCGCCAAAGCAGAGAAGGAGCAAGAACGCGCCCGGCAAGCGGAGGCGCAGCGACUGGACGAAGAGCGCCGCGAGAACGACAUCGAAGGAUGGUUGCAAUCGCGGCGGGAGGCGCGGUCGGCGCUGUUGCAGCGUAUCAAGGACCGGGACCGGUUGGCGAGGGAUCAGGGGAAUCGGAAAUCUUUAGCAAGCCAGAUGCGGAUGAAGACGCUUGCCUCGCUUGCUUCGGAUCAGCCUGGUCGAAAGAGGAGACGUGGGGGCGGCGACGAUGAUGAUUUUGGCGCUAACGAUGAGGAUUGGGGCGUUUAUCGCACCGUGGCGAUGGGGGAGCCGGCGAGCGAUGAGGAGGAAGAGGAUGAUCUGGAUGGGGACAUGAAGAAAUUGGAGUCGGAGCUCUUGGAGCAUGAUCCCCAUUUCAGCGAGGCGCAGACGAUGGGCGCGCAGAAGGAUUGGACGAAGAGCUUGCUGCAUGCUUUCUUGAGGGGUCCGAGACCAUUUGAUGGCGAGAGUAUGAGAGAGAAGUAUCAGCUCCAUUUGAAUGUGGAGAGAAUUCGGGUGCCGGAGGUGGUGUUCCAGCCCAGUAUUGCUGGCGUGGACCAGGCGGGCUUGGUGGAUAUUGCGGCGGGAGUCGUGGAGAGUGGGAUUAGGGAUGUCGGGGACAGGGGGAAGGUGUUGAGGGAUGUGUUUUUGACGGGGGGAAAUACGUUGUUUGAGGGUUUCGAGGAGCGGCUAAAGAGGGAUUUGAGGGCCCUGUUGCCGGAUGAUGCUGUGGUGGGGAUGAGGAGGGCGAAGGAUCCGUUGCUAGAUGCAUGGAAAGGCGCGGCUGCUUGGGCGAAGGAGCCGGGUUUCAAGGCUGCGAGUGUGAGUAGAGCUGAGUACGAUGAGCGGGGGAGCGAGUAUAUGAAGGAGCACAACCUGGGAAACAUUGGGUGA